UCAACUGCCACCUUGCCUGGUUCAGUUGCUGGCAGUCCUUGGCUCAAGCCAGUAGUGUCCAGAGCACAUCUUCAGUUGCGUUGACCACCAACCCUUUCUACACUCUUUUUCCUUUCAUCUGUUGGCGUACUAUGGAUUUGAAACAGUGAGGCUUUUAAGGGUGAAAAACACCUCUCUAGCCACUGUCCCAGGUUGGCAGCGAAAUCAUUCCCUCAUAUUUGCUCAGCAGGUAGGAUGCAAUCAUUUUUUCCCCUCCUUUUGUUUUCCAUUCUUUUCAAAAGAUGGAAGAUUGUGGGUAAAACUCUUACUGGGUUGGGGUGGUCUCUUGCAAAAUAAUUCAUUAUUUACACAGCUCCAUUAGUGUUCGCUGUGUGUUGCAUUGUAUCAUAUUGUUAUACUGCACCCCAAUUUCUGAGAGAUAUUUCAGGGUUUCCAAUGUGCAUUUAAGGUCAGUUUCCUUCAAAUGACAUCAUUGGAGGUUUGUGUCUUUUUUGAUAUAUGGUAUUAUUUGCCCAGAUCUACAGGCUGAGCAUAACUUAACUCCAAGAGAUGUCCCAAAGUUUACAUAUUUCAAUAAUUUCUAUAUCAUUUCAUAAUUCCCUCUAAGCAGUUUACAGAUUAAACAGAACAUUACGAAAUACAACAUUACAAAAGAAGAUCAAAUAUAGAAUACAAUAAAUAUCCUAGUCUAAAUAAGUAUAAUGAACAGGAAGACAAUAUAUUUGUAUAAACAUAACUUGGGGAGACGAGAUGGUUGGACAGUGUUCUCGAAGCUACCAACAUGAGUCUGACCAAACUGCGGGAGGCAGUGGAAGACAGGAGUGCCUGGCGUGCUCUGGUCCAGGGGGUCACGAAGAGUCGGACACGAAUAAACGACUAAACAACAACUUGGGGAGAAACAUUCCAAAUAAAAAACACAUACAGAUACAGAUCCAAAACUCAGUCUCUCUUGAUCGCUGAUUUUGUGUGUCCAAAAUCUGUCACUCUUUCAUCCUCUCUCACAUGGACAUUAUAAUGAUAAAAAAAGGUAGGAAAGCAUCUUCAAUCAUCGGCUCCUAUGGCAACAAAUCACCUACACGACCACCUUCAUUCAAUGAAAUUGAAUUUUGGAAGAGUUGGGACAGAUUAAAGGAGGUACUAUCUUUACACGGCACACAGUUAAACUACGAAAGUUGCUACUGCAGUUUCUUUCCCCACUUAGGGCCACAUUCCCUUCUAGACAACUUUCUAGGGGCCACUUAUGAGCUAUAUUUGUUGCAGGAUGCUCUAUUGGGAAUCUCAGGUGAGAUCCACACACAAUGGAAGUUGCUCCCAGUACCAGUCACCACACAGAAACGGCUUAAGGUCCGAAUAAUUUACUGUUGCAGAAGAUAAGGCUCACUAAAACAGUUCUGGACAUAGAUAGACGCAGCUUGUAGGCUAUUGCAGAUACAGCUAUGUACAGAUAUGUACAAGUGCAAAGUAUCUCUGUUGCUCCAAAUAAACUCCACCAAUUCAAGAUGUAACGCUGGACAAGUAACACCAACAGACUGAUGUCUCACAUACUAACUGCAAGCUAACAGAUAGAUAACUGAGCCGACACGCAUUAAUCACAGAUACCGUUGUGGCACUGGGCUUGCUAGCAUACGUGAGCCAAUAUCAACAUUCCCCCAGCAGCGCUUCCUGCUAAACGAAUCGGAGAAUGUUUUGGACACAGUCGUUGCAAGAGCUUAGCAGCUGGGAAGGCUCAGUGUCGUCGCCCAAAAAUGCAGGUAAGCUCCUCUCGCUGAUGACACAGUCAUAGGGUGCUUCCAGAGGUGGUGAUCUUCCUUCACAGCUGGAGGCAGCAAUGUUUCUGAAUACCAGUUGCUGGAAGCCGCAAGAGAGGAGAGGGCGCUUGCGUUCAAUUCCUGCUUGAGGGUUUCCUGUUGUUGCAUCAUGUCCUCAUUCUUCAGAAAAGGAAGCAUGUUUAUGAAAAUGCUCUUGAGUCUGCUGCCUGGAGAAUAAAGGUAAAGGUAAAGGGACCCCUGACCAUUAGGUCCAGUCGUGGCUGACUCUGGGGUUGCGGCGCUCAUCUCGCUUUAUUGGCCGAGGGAGCCGGCGUACAGUUUCCGGGUCAUGUGGCCAGCAUGACUAAGCCGCUUCUGGCAAACCAGAGCAGCGCACGGAAACGCCAUUUACCUUCCCGCUGGAGUGGUACCUAUUUAUCUACUUGCACUUUGACGUGCUUUCGAACUGCUAGGUGGGCAGGAGCAGGGACCGAGCAACGGGAGCUCACCCCGUCGUGGGGAUUCGAACCGCCAACCUUCUGAUCGGCAAGCCGUGUUUAACAUGGUUUAACCUGGAGAAUAGGUUUGUCUUAAUUGCCAGCACAAAUCACAGCUUUGCACAUGGAGGCUUCCACUACGUCAGGGUGCAGAACCUCCAGCCUGCCAGGGGUCCAUUUUGUCUCAUCGGGCCAUUUUCCCCAGACCAGUACACCUGCCCUUCAGCUGACAAGACUGGUGGCAGCACAGGUGGGAGGAUAAGGUUUAGUUCUGUCUCUGGACAGCUCACCUGCUUAGAGCGUGGUCCUGAUGAUACCAAGGUCUCAGGUUCAAUCCCCAUAUGAGGCAGCUGCAUAUUCCUUUAGACCAGGGGUAGGCAACCUAAGGCCUGUGAGCCGGAUGCGGCCCAAUCGCCUUCUCAAUCCGGCCCACGGACGGUCCAGGAAUCAGCGUGUUUUUAUAUGAGUAGAAUGCGUGCUUUUAUUUAAAAUGCAUCUCUGGGUUAUUUGUGGGGCAUAGGAAUUCAUUCAUAUUUUUUUUCCAAAAUAUAGUGCAGCCCCCCACAUUGUUUGAGGGUGGACCAACCCACGGCUGAAAAAGGUUGCUGACCCCUGCUUUAGACGUUUGCUGAAAACUUGUCUGUUGUUUAAUUGUGUUUCAUUGCUUUUAGAUGAGUUUAGCAGUUUUUAAAUAUUUUAAAUUUGUUUUGUUUUGUUUAUAUAUAUAUAUAUUUAAUAAUGAAGUCUUUUUUUGUUUUUGCUCCUUUGGGCUCCUCUGGGAGGAAAGGCGCAGUAUUUACUUAUUAAAUUAAUAAAUCUGUUUCAGAUUCACCAAGCUCAGACUCCUCCCAGACAACAUUUAGUUUGGCAGCUUCUGAGGGAGACAUGAGGGCUGUCAUGCGCUUCAUGAACCACUUUCUCCACAAAAGCCACCAGGUAUCUGCACCCCAACCCUGCCCUCGCUUUCCCUGCUACAACAUGAGUUCCUUAAAAAUGGAGGCGGUGGGGGCUUCUUCGUCCAGUCACAUAAUUCAGGAAUACUUUGAACUGGGCUCGAACCCAGCAAAGGGCUCGAACCCAAUUCUGGGCUGCAUCAAUAGGAGUAUAGCAUCUAGAUCAAGGGAAGUAAUAGUGCCACUGUAUUCUGCUCUGGUCAGACCUCACCUGGAGUACUGUGUCCAGUUCUGGGCACCACAGUUCAAGAAGGACACUGACAAACUGGAACGUGUCCAGAGGAGGGCAACCAAAAUGGUCAAAGGCCUGGAAAUGAUGCCUUAUGAGGAACAGCUAAGGGAGCUGGGCAUGUUUAGCCUGGAGAAGAGGAGGUUAAGGGGUGAUAUGAUAGCCAUGUUCAAAUAUAUAAAAGGAUGUCACAUAGAGGAGGGAGAAAGGUUGUUUUCUGCUGCUCCAGAGAAGCGGACACGGAGCAAUGGAUCCAAACUACAAGAAAGAAGAUUCCACCUCAACAUUAGGAAGAACUUCCUGACAGUAAGAGCUGUUCGACAGUGGAAUUUGCUGCCAAGGAGUGUGGUGAAGUCUCCUUCUUUGGAGGUCUUUAAGCAGAGGCUUGACAACCACAUGUCAGGAGUGCUCUGAUGGUGUUUCCUGCUUGGCAGGGGGUUGGACUCGAUGGCCCUUGUGGUCUCUUCCAACUCUAUGAUUCUAUGAUUCUAUGAUUCUAAGUAGGCACGGCACUGGAGUAAAACAUUCCCUGCAGAACGCCCCCAGAAGAGUAAUAGUUUCCAAAUCUUUCCGGGGGCAGCCCCGCAGAGAGCAUGUUGCGGUAGUCAAGAUGGCUUGCCGCUUUUGCUAAUCCUUCUUGAACUCAUCUUCCUGUCCUUGGUUGGGGAGGCUAGGAAUUACCUGAGAAGGUCAAGUUCCUGGACUGCAUAGACCUCAUCAGCGCAAACCUCGACAGCAGUAAGGCGGGCUACAUUGGUCAACGUCACUACAACCCGACCCUGAUAAGAGAAACUCUCAUGGUGAGUAAGUCGACCCAUGUACAUGUGAGUGCGAACGAUGAAAAUAGCCCUAAAAAACUCCUUCUAAUGGAGCCCAAGGAAAGAUUAGCACUAGAAGUGUUGUAUAGUGGGAAAGAUGGGCAACAGACACAGCUCUUUUAAGCAACAGCUCUUUAUUACAGCACUUAGCACUACUCUAAGUCUCUCUGAACGGUGAAGCUGUCUGCCUUAUAUAAUGCUCAAUAACCUGUAACAGUAACAAAUUCCAACUAGCUACCCAAUCGGUGGAAGCAACUCUCAAUCCUUCAUUUGCAUACUGGUGGCCCAGAGUGAGAACUGCAGCCAGUCUGAAUACAUAACAAGAAGCCCACAGCUUUAUGGUUUGCCCGUUUUGACCCUGCCUUGGGCUCUUUAAGAAUGACUUUGCCUUGGUAAUUGUGUCUCUGUUUGGCUGUGGGAAAACCAUCGUAGGAAAACCUCAAAAAGGAUAUCAUUGAGAUAGGGCAGAAAUGGCCUAGACUGGAUGGAGCCGCUCCCUUAGGAGGAAAGGUUACAUCAUUGGGGGCUCCUUAAACAUAAGAUGCUAGCUUAGUCGGUAGUACAUGAGACGCUUAAUCUCAAGGUUGCAGGUUCGAGCCCCACGUUGGGCAAAAGAUUCCUGCAUUGCAGGGGGUGGGACUGGAUGACCUUGUGGUCCCUUCCGACUCUACAGUUCUUUGACAGUAUAAGUAUAGGGGGAACAUGUGCAGCCAAAACAGCACCACCCAUUCAUAAAGAGAGAUGUGUAGCCAAAACAGCUACACAGAGAGAUGGAAAUGCAGAAACCAAAAAACUCCCUGAGGGGGAGAACUUCCCGAAAACAGCCCAGAAAGGACUGGGCAUGCUCGGGGGCUUUGUAAUGCUUGCAGACCUUGUGGAGAGAAAUUUGGAAGCAGGUUGGAGGGGGAAUAGAACAAAAUGCCCUAGAGCACUUCACGCUGCAACUCUGGGUUGCAGCUCCCACUUGUGCUCUACAAGAAUGCGUCUCAUGAAACCUCCAUGGAUUCUGCUGCAGUACGACGUCCUUAUUUUGCCAUUCCAGUUCCUUCUUCCUGAAACGGGAUCCCCGUCCGUCGAGGAGCGGAUCAUGGCCUUGUCCAGAAUCACCAAGCUGGUCUGCUGCAUCACGUCCCAUUGCACACCCAAAGUGAGGCUCAGUCGCCCAUUCGCAGGGCUGGUUUGGUUUAGCAAACUUCGUGGAAGUAGUUCAGAAAACCUCCAAACUACACCUGAAAGUAGUUCCCAUAACUGAAGAACAAUUCACCUGCAGUUUUUAGUGUCGCCAUAUUCUGAAGAGCAAAAAGAGAGGACACAUUUACAGAUUUUAGCUAUGGAUCGCUAUGGCGAAUCAUGAAAAAUACUGUAAAUGGAGCAAUUCACUCUCUGCACGUGCUUUAAGAUACUUUCUUGCUGUUCUUAGGUACAAUUCUAUGCUUCUGUGAUUUUACACUCCAGCCCAGCAACUUUUAACCUGCGUGGUGGGGAUUAUUUGAACUUGAACUGUUUGUCGAAUCAUAGAAUCGCAGAAUCGGAGAGUUCGACAUGAACUGAAUUUGCUCACUUUGUUAAGGGACGGGCGUGCCAAACUUGGACUAGAACUAGUUCCCUUUCAGAAUGAGCUUUCUGAGCUCAGCUGACACCAGUCAUCAGGGGUAAAAUGCCCAUCACGAUGACUGACAGUCGGGGGGGGGUGUUGGUGGGGGAGGAAUUUAUAUAUGUGUAAAGAAUGAGGACUUGUUUAGUGCAAAGAUUGCCUGCGGCACUGAACUGUAUCCCCAUUAGGACGUGCUGGAUUUUUCAACUUUCAAAUUCCCCAAAUGAGGGAUGCUAAAAAAUUGUAACACAACUUGGGAAUUCAAAAGAUAUUUUGGUUAAAUUAAUAUAAUUUAGUUUUGCUUGGUGAGUAAAAUUGCAUAAAAAUUGCAUUUUUAUUUUUAUUAAGCAAUACCUGGCAUUUUCAGAAGGUAAAAUUAAAAUUAUUUGGUUUUCCAAAAGCCGUUUAUGUGCUUCUUCCUCAAAUGUACUUGCCAAGCUAAAUGUUGUCCAGUCACAAAAAUAAUAGCAGAUUUGAAUUCCUCACACCCAAAAGCAUUUUUUAAAAGAUCCCUCACCGAAGGAAUCUGAAAAAAUUAAGUUUCACCCCUUUAAAAUAACACUCUGUAGUAGCCCAUGUCAGUGUGCCACCUUCACAGGAAAGAGUAAAGGGGUGCAUUUGAAGAUAUCUUGGCAGCAGGGUCCAAAUCCAUAGGGAGGUUGAAUAAGGCCUGCUUCUCUUUGCACCCCACUGCAGCCAUGGUGGGUGGCAUGACACAAAAUGGCUGCCGUGGGGUGCGUGGCACGACACAAAAUGGCUGUUGUGGGGUGUGUGGCAUGGCACAAAAUGGCUGCCAUGGAGUAUGUGGCACGACACAAAAUGGCUGCUGUGGGGUGUGUGGCAUGGCACAAAAUGGCUGCCAUGGAGUAUGUGGCACGACACAAAAUGGCUGCUGUGAGGUGUGAGGUGUGACACAAAAUGGCUGCAAUGGUUGCUGUGGUGUGCAAGGGAUGGCACAAAAUGGCUGCCGUGGAGUGCGUGGCACGCCACAAAAUGGCUGCUGUGAGGUGUGAGGUGUGACACAAAAUGGCUGCAAUGGUUGCUGUGGUGUGCAAGGAAUGGCACAAAAUGACUGCUGUGCUGUGCGUGGCAUGACACAAAAUGGCUGCUGUGGAGUAUGUGGUAUGACACAAAAUGGCUGCCACCCUUGAGGAGGAGUAGAAAAUGAGGUACUGUAGAAUGAUUCUCUCCUGCAGGGAAUGAAGGACUUCAAGAUGGGGAAGCUGGCGGGGCACCUGGCGCUUUGCAGCAAGGACUCCAGCGAGAGCGUGUGCCACUGGGCGGCCGACGCACUCCACUGCCUGUACACCCUGAUCCUUCACCAGAAGAGUAAGAGCAAGGACCCGCCGGCCUUCCCCAAGAUGGUUCAUGGCGGGGAAAGGGAAAUAAAUGGGUUGGCAUGUUGGCAUUAGCUGGGAAGCUGGAUGUCCCGCCAGAGGAGAUAAAGCAAAAAAGGUUCUUCGCUUAGAGCAGCCUUUCUCAACUUGUGGGUCCCCAGAUGUUGUUGAACUACAACUCCCAUCACCCCUAGCUAGAAAGGCCAGAGCUCAGGGAUGAUGGGAUUUGUAGUCCAACAACAUCUGGGGACCCACAGGUUGAGAACCGCUGGCUUAGAGCGUCUUCAGAUUGGCAAGGGUGGCUUCGCCUUCUGAGCCUGUCUGGUGGAGGCUUGUUUCAUGGCUGCUCCUGCUAUUCUCCCAGGCUGUCUGUCAGCCCAACCCUGCCUUUCUGAGGGCCAGGUGGAGAGCCCUGGAGGGCCACCUUCAGGGUCUGGGUCUGAGCUUCCCUGCUGGCCGGCCUGAAGGAGUCUUGGGCGGCCUUCUUUCGCUGCGCCAUUCCCUCUCCGCACCCUGCCCAUGAGCUGACCCCCAACUCCUCCAGCUCCACUUUCCAUUGAGGUGACCCAGUGGGGAAAUCCGUGUCGCGUGGCCCUUCAAAACCUCCAAAGGUCACUGUCCCAACGCUAAUACAUGGUGAGUAUUGGCACCUAUUUUGGGGAGUGGGGGGUGCAGUACUGUAUAUCUAUAUGUAUCUAUAUAUCCCUCUCUAUAUAGAUAUACCGUAUAUAUCUGAGUUUCUUUGCAUCUAUCUAUAGCUAUAGCUGUAGCUAUAUCAAUACAGUGGUGCCCCGCAAGACGAAUGCCUCGCAAGACGAAAAACUCGCUAGACGAAAGAGUUUUCCGUUUUUUGAGUCGUUCCGCAAGACGAAUUUCCCUAUGGACUUGCUUCGCAAGACGAAACGUCUUGCGAGUUCUUGCGAGUUUGUUUCCUUUUUCUUAAAGCCGCUAAGCCGUUAAUAGCCGCUAAGCCGCUAAUAGCCGUGCUUCGCAAGACGAAAAAAACUGCAAGAUGAAGAGACUCGCGGAACGGAUUAAUUUCGUCUUGCGAGGCACCACUGUAUCUAUAUCUAUACAGUGGUACCUCAGGAUGCGAACGGGAUCCGUUCCGGAGCCCUCUUCGCAUCCUGAGUAGAACGUAACAUGCGACUGCACGUGCGCGGGUCCGUUUCGUCAAUACCGCGCAUGCGCGUGACGUCAUUUUGAGCGUCUGCAUAUGCGCGAGCGGCAAAACCCGGAAGUAACGCGUUCUGCUACUUCUAGGUCGCCGCAGAGCGUAACUUGAAAACGCUCAACCUGAAGCAUAUCUAACCCGAGGUAUUACUGUAUCUAUAUCUAUCUAUCUAUCUAUCUAUCUAUCUAUCUAUCUAUCUAUCUAAUCUCUGAGUUUCUUUGUAUGUUUCUUGAGGCCUGAUGAAGCCUGAGAACGACACAGAAUUUAUGGAGCUUAUGCAGGACUGGAAAGAGGAAAAGAUCUUCUGGCUGGCCUGGUUCUCUGACAUCAGCACCACCACUAUGGUAAACCUUUUUCACCAGCUCCAACGUGUGUCUUCUUCACGCCUGGCAAUUUUGGGCGUGGACCUGUUUUACAGGUGCAACUGAAACGAAUGUAACCAACACGGGAGUUUGGAAACCCAUCCAGUUAAUCUAGAUUAAUAAAAUUAUGUUUUGUUUUGUUUAUAAAAAGGAAGCACAUCCAGUUGCGCACAGGCACAUGCAGAGAGGCGGGACGGGCUGUGUCUUGGUGUUUACCGUGCAGUCAAGGGCACACCUGGGUUUUGAGCUAGUGAUCGUAUAACUGAGCCCAGGACUGUGCUUUGACUGUCAGUGGCUCUUCAAAGGUCCUCCUCUGCUCCGCUGCUGUAUCUGAGAUCGUUUCAGUGAGAGAGUUUAAAAAAAGAAAGAAUGAAUAUGAAAAAUGCCCAGCACUCAGAAAACUGAGUGAUGGUGGGGGCAGCAGGGAUAAUAAAAAAAAAAAAAUAGAGGGGAUGCAAUGGAGUAUCCAAGAAAUGGCUUGGCUGUCUGGCUGUCAGGUAGGAAUCCUGAAUAGGACCAUUUAAUGCUGCAGAUUUUUAAUUCCUUGUCCCAGUCCCCACUCAGAGGGCUCAUCCACACAUCCAUUUGCCCCACAACUUUCCCCCAAGUAAAAUCAAUUUUUACUGCUGAAUCGGAGCAAAUGUCAAUUGGUUGGCCUCUAUUUUUAGCACUGGUUAGAAGUGUGGAUGAGCCCUAACACUGCACUGUGGUCUUUCCUAUGCACAAGGAGAGCACUGCGACCUUUCCUGUAGCAUCAGAAUCAUAGAAUUGGAAGGGACCGUGAGGAUCAUCUUGUCCAGGGUUUCCCAAACGUGGGUCUCCAGCUCUUUUUGGACUACAACUCCCAUGAUCCCUGAGCACUGGUCCUGCAAGAUAAGGAAGAUGGAAGCUGUAGUCCAACAAGAGCUGGAGACCCAAGUUUGGGAAACCCCAAUCUAAUCCAACCCCCUGCAAUGCAAGAAGCUUUGGCCCAAAGUGAGGCUCGACCCCCCACAACCCUGGGAUUAAGAGUCUCAUGCUCUACCGACUGAUCUUAAGCAGGGUCCCAAAGCGAGUCGGCUGAUCCUGAGAUAGGAUCCCAUCCAUGGUGGAUCCCAGCUCUUUGGUGUAACCGCCACCAGGCUUUCAAUGCACCCCUUCCGUUUUCAGAAAUUCAAAAAAUGCCUCCAUUCAGAGGAGCAGAUGGACUUCCUCCUAGCAGCCAUCAAGGGCAUGAGGGACGACAACCUUUACCACACGAAGGCUGCCAUCCUGAUGCUGAAAGCCAUGCUGAGGGAUCCCCAGCCCGUUUUCAUCAAGGUACGCUGCCUUGGAAAUUCCCGUUCCCCCUUCUCCUCUCUCCCCAGUCACCUCUUCCCACCUCUUUUCCCCCGCAGGUGCCCAAAACCACCAGGUUCAUGUAUUUCAGUCUGGAGCACAUCGGAGACCCGCAGGCCCGCCUGGAGGUCUUCAGGUUCCUCUUGCUUCUGGGGAAGAGCCGCCCUCAGGAUGUGGUGAAGACCCUCCUAGCCUGCUCUGUCCAGUGUGACAGGUGAGCGGGAUGGACAGGGGGAUAAAAAAAAAUUUGAUUUAAAAUCCUUUUCGUACUGGCUAAAUCAGUGGUUCUCGAACUUUUUUCUCUGGGCCACACUUUCAGAAUAAAAAUUUGCCUGUGACACACCGAUUUUUUGUCGAUAAAAAUAUAUUGGGAAAGAAAUAACUCCUAGCAGUGCUUGAUUUAUAACACAGAACACAACUACUUUGUAAUAUGAUCAUGGGACGUCCAGAAAGUAUCAAACAAUACAGCUAUGUAAGAAGGUGAAUCAUUUCCAAAAUGUAAUUAUAAACAAGCAUGAAACUUAAGUAUGUGUACAAACUCAGUGAGAGGUGUGAGCUUACUUUUGCCAGGUAAUCUCAUUUAUAUCAGGGUGGAAUGUAGACACACAUUAAAAAACACUGUGAAAAUGCUUUUUUUAAAAAGCGUUUUGAAAAAUAUAUUGAAUUUGUCAUAAGCUCAUCACUGCCAUCUAGUGUCAUGUUUGUAUGAUUCAGGUAGGUAGCCAUGUUGGUCUGAUGCAGUAGAAAUAUAUUUUAAAAAUUGAAAAAAAAUGUCCAGUGGCACCUUAGAGACCAACUAAGUUUGUUCUUGGUAUGAGCUUUCGUGUGCAUGCAUCGUAUCUGAAGAAGUGUGCAUGCAGAUGAAAACUCAUACCGAUAGUUGGUCUCUAAGGUGCUACUGGACAAUUUAUUUUAUUUUAUAUAUAUAUUUCUAUGUUUGUAUGAUGCACUUAAAACACACUUAAAACAUUAUAUUGGCAGCUGUAUAGCUGAGUCCCAGGUCUAAUUUGAGACAAGCAAACUCUCAUCUCAUCAACGCAGAGAUGCCUUUCUUUUUUCCCCUCUCUCAUAUUUGUCAGAGCUGAACAUCCCUGCUCACAACAGUAGAACUGCAGAAGAACAGCCAAUGCUCUUUUCCUUUUUUUAAAAUUAAAAGCGCAUUUAUUCACAAGUUACACUCCAUCUUUCUCCAAUCCCACAGAAUGAUCCCUCAGUCCUAAGUCCCACAUCACUGCCUAGCCAGUGCUCUUGAAGAGAGGGGCCCCACACACAUACUGGUCUAAAUCGCCUUUCUCUCGUUUCGCCGUAAUCUGAACGCAUUUCGUGCGCCAACCAAAGCCCCUGCUUCCCCCCCCCCUCGCAGCACCGCCUCCGCCAUGUGGAACACCUUAACCUGCUUCUCCGACACUUCGCAGAAGGUCCUGGCCGUGGUGCAGUCCAUCCUGCAAGAGCAGCCGAUCUACUGGGAUGGCCACAGGGUUAAGGCCUCCUUGCGACCCUUGGCUGUAAGUGCUAGCAGGACUCUGGCCCCCAAGAAAGCACCCAAAGAGCAAAGCGGCCCUGUGCGUGACAUAACCAAGGCGCAUCCCCGGGGCUGGCCUGCCCACGAGGCAGAGGGAAGCGACCCGCCUCGGGCGGCGGACUUCCAUGGGGCAGUGCCACUGCAGGCACAGCACCCACCCCUGCCACUGCUGGGUCACGCAGUGGCAGCAGCUUCCGGCUUCCUUUCCCGAAGCCGCCACGCAACCCGGUAAGGGAGGCAAGGUGGGGGGGGCGGGUGGCACCCUUGCCUCAGGCGGCAAAAUGAAACAGAGCCGGCGUCCGGGUGACCAUUUGAGGCACCUAAGGACCUGGCCGGGAAGGGAAGUGGGCGGGAAAUUCCUCUCCUUGCUCAGGUACGAUCAGGUGCCUUGACCGACCUCCCAGGCCAACGCAGCGUUUUACGAGAUCUUGAGGCGCCCGUCCCCAGCCUGCCGGGAGGUGCUGAAAGAGAUGUUCACCACGCUGUCCAUAGCAGUCCUCUGCCAGAUCUCCUUCGCCGUGUACUUUACACCAGAGGAGACGGAUGUCUACACGACGGCCUGCAUCCGCCAGGAGAUCACCACCCCUCCUGCUCCUUUCAGGUGCGCUUCCUUCGGUUCAUCCCAGAUUUUCCCUGUUUGUCACAGGCAGGGUCGACUGAUACUGCGGUAGCCCUGUAGCCAGGGCGUCCGGACGCACGCACGCAGCUCCCUGCUGAGCCGGACUUCGCUCCUCGUCCAGCCCAAGGUUGUUUUUGGGGAAAUUGUCUUUUUAAUUUGUGACAUGACACACAGCGACAGCCUCCAAUUGAAGAAUGGCAGCUUCUGUAUUGUCACGCCAGGCUUUGCUUUUGCAAGUUUCUGGUCCUCAAGGCUGCAUGCAGAAAAAAAGCCUGAAAAUGCAUGGGUGUUUUCUUCAAAACGCUUAACGGCGUGGGGUUCACAUGCGAGUGACGGGAGCCAGGAUUGCUGUGAUCAAGGGAACAACUUCAGCACAAGUUGGUCUCCGCACCCCAACGCCUGUGGUGCCCAGGACUCUGUGAGAGCCAGCUAUCUUUUACCAGCAUAAACUAUGAGGCACAAUGGCCUACCCAAAUCACUGAGGUAAUGCACCCCACCCCAUGCAGGAACUGCUCUAAACCCAGCACAAGAAAUACAUUCUAAUACGGAUUUGGCUCUCUGUGCAGGUCUGCCUUGAAAACUUUCAAAGGCCUCAUCAGGCGAGCAGGAGAUGAGGACCUCAUCCUCAUCAUGAACAAGAGGAGAGGUUCAGAACUCCUGUUGCAUCGCAGGACCCACCUGAAAGGUCUCUCUCUCUUUGCCAGGUAAGCACAUCGCUGUUAAAAGGAGCAGUGAGAUCUGAAGGUGUUCCAAAGAUCUUUGGGGAAGAUCCCUAAGGUGUGGAACUUCAUAUCAGCCCCAUAACAGGCUGGAUGGCAUUGAAUGUGGACCUGGCAGCCAGGUGGGAGAGUGAAUGGAACCAAGCACCUUGAAAGGGAGGAGGGAGAUAGAGACUCUGAGGUCUAAAACCAUUUCAUUGUCCAGAUAGGUAAUUUCUCAGUUAGCACCAAGAAGCCAUUUUCAAGUGUCUCCAAAAUAGGAGCUGCCCAUAGACGCUGAUGGAGAAAACAAAUAUUUAAUCAUGACUGGGAUUGGGCCACUAGCAUGUCCAGUCCUCCCCCUCCCCCAUUCAGCGAGAAUGGAAUCUGCUCUGCAACAUUUUGUUGCAGGGCCUUCCUUGUGUAUUCCAAGGAAGGUGGUGUGUUAUGACAGCUCUGUAGUCAAAGCAGGAGGGCUGAGAAGCAAGAGGGAAAGAAGACGUGGCUGGCUGGAUCAUGGGAGAAGAACACUCCACAUUGCAAUGCUUUGGACACCCAGUGUUUCUGUUUUUCAAUGACAAGAGAGAUAGUCAGGGGCGAGGGAAGCGAGAGGAUGUUGCCUUACUUGCUGGAGAUUCUGGAAAGCGAGGGGUAUCCAAAACACAUCACUGUGAUGCCUUUCUUAAUUGAGGUGAGCCUUGUUUUAUGGAGGUAGGUGGGUCUGAUUAAUUGUACAGCUGAUCCGCCCCAGCCCCUCUUAGACUCCCAUCUGCUUCCCCCAAGAGCAUCAUAGCCAAAGCCAUUCCCCCAACCCACAUUUUUGACAAAUCAAGCUGUGCACGGAUAGAAGCUAUUUUUUACCCUGUUGGUACGGCUGAUUAUGCUUCUAUAUCUCCUGCCCGAGGGUAGAAGAUUAAAGAGGUGAUGGCUGGGGUGUGAGUCAUCCCUGAUAAUUUUUCUCGCUCUCCUAAGGCAACAAUCCCUUGCAAUGUCAUCUUGCCACCUCCUGGCCUCCUCCUUCUGCUCCUCUUUGGCCUGAUCCAGCAGGCUCUUUUCAUGUUUCCAUGUUCUGCACAUUCUUCUUCUGUUCUAGUUCCUUCAUAAGGGAGCCUUAGCGCCAGCUAUGGAAGAUAGCAUCAUUGAGCAGCUGUGCCGGCAGGUGAAGGCCAGCCGGUUGGAGCUCAGAUCCCUAGCUCUCGACGGCAUGAUUUGCUUUUUGGAUCAUCAAGAGAAGGUGAGAGAGACACAGUGAUCUACCAGUAGACCAAUAGGUCUUCCCAGUGGGUGGGGAGCCUACCAUCCUCUAGAUCAGGGUUUCCAAAACUUAGGUCUCCAGCUGUUUUGGGACUACAACUCCCAUCAUCCCUAGCUAGCAGGACCAGUAGUCAGGGAUGAUGGGAACUGUAGUCCCAAAAUAGCUGGAGGCCCCCGUUUGGGAAACCCUGCUCUAGAUAUUGCUGGUUGCCUAAUUACACCUGCUGGACAGAGGUUCUGUAUUCUCAAUAUUAUUAUAAUCAUCAUCAUUAUCACCAGUUUUCAAUUUAUUAUAGAACCAUAAAGAUAAAUAAACAAUAACAAAAAUUCAAUAAGAUAUCCAGCUUAAGGCAGGGCAUGCAAAACCUAAACGAAUUGAAUAAUAACACACAAUCUAAGAUCAUGACAGCCACAUUUCUCUAGAGGGCAUGGGGAUAGAUACCUGUGAGUCUGAAACUAAGCUAUAUGAAAUAAAAUCCCUCCACACUGAGUAGAAAUGACCAGAAUAUUCCUGUCCAGUAGAGACCCAUAGCUUAUGUGUUACUUUUUUCUGCAGUAACUAAAUUCCAAAUAUUUUUAUACCAUAGUGAUAUUAGUCUUUGGGGUUGUUUUUUUUACGAUUUCCAUUGUUGUGCCAUAGGGAUCCCAGCAACAUCUGUGUCGGAUGUUCCUUCCGGCAAAAUGUCUUCAUGGUACAUGUCCACAUAUUUAGUAGGGAAAACGGAGGAGGGCAUUCCCACCAGAGUUGGGGAAGGAAAAUCCCUUUAUUCCUGCAAACUCUCCAACAGUUUGGUGAACAGAUGUGGAAUUCAUAAGGAACAUCUGCAUGUGCAGAUGCUGAUUUUUUUAAUGGCUUGGAAUCCGAAAUACUUUCUGGCCCAUGUCCUCUACGCCACCGUUUUAAUCUUUUCGACAAGGAGGGCGGGGAACCAGCCAUGAGGUUUUGGUUCUCUGCAAGCCUUUUUCCUCUGUGGCAUCUUGUGUUCUGUUCAAAGCUAAAGAUUCCCCGGAAGAAAGACACGGAAACUAACUUUGUUGCUUCUCUGGAGAUCUGUGACUCAGCCUUUUGUGUCGCACAGAUGAAAAAACUGAAGCCUGCCUUUCCAGAUAUCAUAGCCAGGGUGCGCGAGGCUGACAGAGACAUCAACGUGAAGGCUCUCAGGCUCCUGCCAGACCUCCUGAAGUGCCAGAGCAGGGAAGUGAACUCCCUCACCGUUGAGGUGGCCACCAGCGUGAUGCCACUUUUUGACGACGUGAGUCAGGCCAGGUGCAAGUGGGGCAGCACCCGUGGGCGCAGGGCAGGCCCCAGUGGUUGGGUGUAGAGUUGGUGGGAAUGAUCUCUUGGGGAGCCACCCAAUGUUUGUGUGUGUCUACAGCUUUUCCCUGCCAUUUUGUGCUGCACUUUCCUCCCAGCACAUAUCAAGAUAUGAGCACCAUCAACUUGGGGUUUUUUUACCCCUGAAAUGCAUACGUAUCUCUAUUAUUGAUACUUUGGGGGGCUGGGAGUUAAAGGAGAUUGGAAUAUAGUUGUUUAUUUCUGAAAUAUAAUCGGAGUCGAGAGUGGAUUUCAUGCUCUUUAUUCAGCUCAUAGUGGUGAGGAGGAAUUGAAGUUCCCCCAAAGAAUCUGCUUUAUAUACAUUAUUUACACAAUGGGCCCCACGUGAUUGGCUAAUUCCAGGAUUCUCCUGUAGGCCAAUCAGGUUGCGGAUUCCCUUCCACCUGGAGCUGGAUUGGGUGGCUCCUAUGGACCAAUCAGACUGCUGCAUUCUGGGUCCUAUUGUUCUAGGACCAAUCACACUGCUGCAUUCUGAAUCCUAUUGUUCUAGGACCAAUCAGACUGCUGCAUUCUGAAUCCUAUUGCUCUAGGACCAAUCAGACUGCUGCAUUCUGGACCCUAUUGCUCUAGGACCAAUCAGACUGCUGCAUUCUGAAUCCUAUUGUUCUAGGACCAGUCAGACUGUUGCAUUCUGAACUCAGUACAUGACAGAGAUGGAACUGGUUGGGAAAGUAUAGCCAAGUGUAUCUUCAGAAGGGAUGGGAGUUAUUUCCUGGUGCAGUCCUGGGCCUGACAAUGGCAUUGAGAAUGGCCAGGGUCUGUUCCAUCUGUUUUGCUGCCUGGGUUGAAAAUUUAUGACACCCGACUGAGCUGGAUAGCUCAGUCGAUAUAGCAGGCAUAGGCAAACUCGGCCCUCCAGAUAUUUUGGGACUACAACUCCCAUCAUCCCUAGCUAAACAGGACCAGUGGUCAGGGAUGAUGGCAGUUGUAGUCCCAAAAUAUCUGGAGGGCCGAGUUUGCCUACGCCUGCAGUAGAGCGUAAGACUCUUAAUCUCAGGUCCAUGGAUUUGAGCCCCAUGUUGGGCAAAAUAUUAUUGCAUUGCAGGAGUUUGAACUAGAUGACCCUCGGGGUCCCUUCAAACUCUACAAUUCUACGAUUCUCUCCCUACAUUUUCCUCCUCCUCCCGCUGUUGUAUGCAAGGCAGGAUCAACUGUUCUUCCUCAUAGAUUUCCCUCCCGCACCACAAGCCUUUUUCUGUGGUCCACACAUAUUCUAGCCAGGCAAAAGCAGUGUGAAACAGGGCCAGCAGGGGGAGGGGUGUGUGGCCUGUGGAAGGAGGGUGUGGCCUGCAGAGAGUUCCAAGGGCCGGACAGAGCAGCCUGGAGGGCCAGAGUUCAGGGCCUGCGGUUCCUUAGCCCUUCCCUGGAGAUCUGGGAGGAAUUGUGUUUCCCUCCUGAGGGCGCUCACGGUCCUGACCCUGAUCAUUUCAUGAUUCUGGAGAGCUUAUUGACUCUGCUGCUGCAUCCCAGCUUGGGCUGGCCCUUGAGGGGGACAGCAGCCCUCCGCUUUCCCUGACGGCAUUUCUCCGCCCUUCUCAGCACAGGCGUCCAACAAAGUGAGACUGGCUGCCAUCUCCACCUUCAGCCACCUGUUUGAGAUCGUCCAGUGGGGAGGCAAAGAGCAGAUGAAGGCGCUCGCUCUCCAGAGCCUGGUCCCCCUGAUGGUCCAUCUCCAGGACAGUGUCCCAGUGAAGAAGGUAGGCUGAUGCAGUUGAUCAGAAAGCAGCAAAUCUUAGCUAACACACCACCAAUUACAUGCCCUCUUAAACAAUCUAGUAGUACAAUCAGCAGCAACUUGGCCCUUGACAACCUUCAGAAACCUCCUCCUAACGACAAAAUAAGGUAAAGGGACCCCUGACCAUUAGGUCCAGUCGUGGCCGACUCUGGGGUUGCGGCACUCAUCUCGCUUUAUUGGCCGAGGGAGCCGGAGUUCAUCUUCCGGGUCAUGUGGCCAGCAGGACUAAGCCACUUCUGGCGAACCAGAGCAGCGCACGGAAAUGCCGUUUACCUUCCCGCCGGAGUGGUAUCUAUUUAUCUACUUGCACUUUGACGUGCUUUCAAAUAGCUAGGUUGGCAGGAGCUGGGACCGAGCAACAGGAGCUCAUCCUGUUGCAGGGAUUUGAACCGCCAACCUUCUGAUUGGCAAGUCCUAGGCUCUGUGGUUUAACCCACAGCGUCACCCGCGUCCCAUCUCCUAACAACAAAGGGACACGGCAAAGGGAUGGUAUCUGCAAUAUACAAAAUACUACUACAAAAUCCCACAAACCCCCUAGACGUAAUAAAAAAUAAUAAUGGGAGGAUGGCAUAGGCUAUGAGAUUAACCCGACCCAAUGGACUAGAAUGUGGUCUAAACCUCCCUUCAAAUCCAUAUCGGUGAAAAGGAAAGAACUCGCUCUGAAACUCACAGGUGGUACCUAACACCACGGAAACUAACGCUAAUACACCCAGGAGCCUCACCAAAAUGCUGGAGAGGAUGCACCUCCACAGGCACAUACCUCCACACGUGGUGGGAAUGUCCCAAAAUCCAACUCUUCUGGACAGCAAUCAUACAAAAGAUAUGCAAAAUAACUAAGCAAGUAUUAGAAGUCACCCCAGAACUGGCCCUACUAAACAUCUUCCAAGACAAUAAUGCCCACUCACAGCACAAAGCGCUCAUAACCUGCCUACUCUCAGCAGCCAGAAGCAUCAUAGCCAGACACUGGAGAGACCCGUCAGGAGUAAGCAUAGAACAAUGGUACCCAAUAGUAUGGGAAACAGCCUUACUAGAAAAACUAGCCAACAAACUGAAACUGACAUGGGGACAAAUAGAAGAAGACGCCUUCACCCCGGUAUAGCUCCCCUUUAUCACAUACACAGCCCAACAAGACAACGACACAAAUCCGCCAACAGCACACAAAUCAAUCUGGCUAACCUGAUUCAAACAAACAAACACACACACACACACACUCACUCACACACACACACACACACACACACACCCCACUCACACCCCACUAAAGCAAUACAGUGGUACCUCGCAAGACGAAUGCCUCGCAAGACAAAAAACCCGCUAGACGAAAGGGUUUUUUGUUUUUUGAGCUGCUUCGCAAGACGAUUUUCCCUAUGGGCUUGCUUCGCAAGACGGAAAUGUCUUGCAAGUUUGUCUUAACACCGUUAAUACAGUUGCGACUUGACUUCGAGGAGCAACUCAUAGAACGCGGUGUGGUAGCCUUUUUUGAGGUUUUUAAAGACUUUGGUGAUUUUUGAAGCUUUUCCAAAGCUUUCCCGACACCGUGCUUCGCAAGACGAAAAAAAUCGCAAGACGACAAAACUCGCGGAACGAAUUAAUUUCGUCUUGCGAGGCACCACUGUACAAGCGAAUAGUAAAGAGAACCCACACAAGUGACACUGACACAAAACCCCACACAUACACUAAGUAGAAUAGAAGCAUUGCCCCCCGACCCCACCCCACCCACCAUCCCCCCCUCCACCUCUUUCCCCCCUUUCUUCCUAAUAUAACACUAAUGUCUCACAACAAAUGAAACUGAUCUGUAGAAAACGGAAGAUGAAAAAAGAGACAUUGCACAUACUUUUGUAAACCAAGAAAUCUUUAAUAAAAACAUAUUUUUAAAAAGGGGGAAAAGAAAGCAGCAAGGCCUCUCGGCUAGGAUGUCAGCAACUGGUGUCCAAGCCCUCAUUCCAUUAGCGCAACGAUUUAGGCUUGUCAAUGGUGGAGCUAGCCUCUCGGAGCGGAGAUCCGCCCAUGGGGGCAAUCCGCGAGGUGGCAUGAUCCGGUGGGGGGCCUAUCGCAGCCCGAUCCUCCCGGCGGGGGGCUGAUCACGGUGUGGUUGUGCAAUCCUCCCGGCAGGGUGUUUUUUUAAUAUUUUUUUGUGGUGAACUGCCCCAAGAUUUAUGGAAGUAGGGCUGUAUAUUAGUUAUUAUUAUUAUUAUUAUUAUUAUUAAUUUAUUCUUCAAUAUUCUGCCUGAGUUUUCAGCAGCUGCAGUGGCAGAAGCUGUUACUCCCACCCUCACUUCUUUUACAGAUGUGUUGGAUCACUCUGAGAAGAGCUGACAAGUUUCUGAAAUCCUUCAUCCAGUUGUCCAUCCGGGAAAACGAAACCUGGAACUUCUGCAAAAGUCUUGUGAGCGCCUCUUGUUUAUGUUGUUUUUCAGGGAGUGGGCAGCCAGAGAGCGAUGGGGAAAAAAUUGGGUUUUGAUGUUACUGUUGUUGUUACAUUGUGUAUUUUGUGUUUUUAUACUAAAAACCACCCUGUGAUCCUUGGUUGGCAUAUAAAUUGAAUGAAUAAUUAAAAAUAAAAAUGCACAUAUUGGUGGAAAUAACCUGCAUUGUACAGCAGAAAAGUGCUUUGGGGGAAAAUGUUUGCAUACAAAUAUGUGCCUAUUUGGGCUUAGGCUGGGUGUUCAUCAGUAUGCAGAUGAUACCCAGAUCUACCUCUCUUUUAAAUCGGAACCAAUGAAGGCGGUGAAGGUCCUGUGUCAGUGCCUGGAGGCGGUUGGAGGUUGGAUGGCAGCAAACAGAUUGAGGUGGAAUCCUGACAAGACAGAAGUACUGUUUUGGGGGGGUCAGGGGGUGGGUGGAGGUGGGGGACUCCCUGGUCCUGAAUGGGGUAACUGUGCCCCUGAAGGACCAGGUGCGCAGCCUGGGAGUCAUUUUGGACUCACAGCUGUCCAUGGAGGCGCAGGUCAAUUCUGUGUCCAGGGCAGCUGUCUACCAGCUCCAUCUGGUACACAGGAUGAGACCCUUCCUGCCAGCGGACUGUCUUGCCAGAGUGGUACAAGCUCUGGUUAUCUCCCGCUUGGACUACUGCAACGCUCUCUACGUGGGACUACCUUUGAAGGUGACCCGGAAACUGCAACUAAUUCAGAAUGCAGCAGCUAGACUGGUGACUGGGAGUGGCCACCGAGACCAUAUAACACUGGCCCUAAAAUUCAAAAUGUUGGUGCUGACCUUUAAAGCCCUAAACGGCCUCGGCCCAGUAUACCUGAAGGAGCGUCCCCACCCCAUUGCUCAGCCCGGACACUCAGGUCCAGAUCCAAGGGUUUCCUGGCAGUACCCUCACUGCAAGAAGUGAGGUUACAGGGAACCAGGCAGAGGGUCUUCUCGGUGGUGGCACCUGCCCUGUGGAACGCCCUCCCAUCGAGGAAAGAAACAACUAUCUGACUUUCAGAAGACAUCUGAAGGCAGCCCUGUUCAGGGAAGUUUUUAAUGUUUGAUGUUUUAUCAUGUUUUUAAUAUUCUGUUGGGAGCCGCCCAGAGUAACAGGGGAAACCCAGCCAGAUGGGCAGGGUAGAAAUAAUAAGUUGUUGUUGUUGUUAGGAGAAAUUCGCACAGCAAUACUGCUGAAUUUUCAUGAAAACUUAUUAAAAUAAUAUAAUAAUAAUAAUAAUAAUAAUAAAUUUUAUUUAUAUCCCGCCCUCCCCAGCCAAAGCCGGGCUCAGGGCAGCUAACAACAAUAAUAAAAUAAUAAAUGAAAUAGUAAUAAUAACAAGCAAACAAAAAAUAAAAAACAGCUAAUAAUAGUAAUUGCAAACUGAUGUGGCAGUGUAGAAAACUGAACUUAAGGGUGGAAGAUUGAGAGAUUGAGAGGAACCAGAACAGGCAAGUCCACCUUUGCCUCCUCCUGUAUUCCCUUCUCUCUGCAGAAGACUAUUCACGCAGUGCAUGGUUAAACUAUGGAACUCCCUCCCACAGGAGUUAGUAACGGUCACUGACCUGAGUGUCUUCAAAGAGGAUUAGAAGAAUUCAUGGAGGAGAUGGCUGUUGAUGGCAACUAACCUUGAUGGCUGUGCUCUGCCUCUACGGUCAGAGACAGCCACGCUUCUGAAACCCAGUUGCUGGAAACCACAGGAGGGGAGAGUUGGUCUUGUGUUCAAAUCCUGCUUGUGGGUUUCCCAGAAGAGGCAUCUGGUCGGCCUCUGUGAGAACACGAUGCUGGACUAGAUGGACCGCUGGCCUGGUCCAGUACGUUCUACUGAUGUUCUUGUGCAAGACUGGUAGGCUUGGGUCGACCCUGCCCAGGCUCCAUCCUUGCUCAUGAGGAAUUGUGAAAUAUACUCGGAGUCGAGAGUGUAUUUCAUGCUCUUUAUUCAGCUCAUGGUGGUGAGGAGGAAUGAAAGUUUCCCCAAAGUAUCUGCUUUAUAUACAUUAUUUACACAAUGGGCCCCACAUGGUUGGCUAAUUCUGGAAUUCUCCUGUAGGCCAAUCAGGUUGUGGAUUCACUUCCAUCUGGAGCUGGAUUGGGUGGCUCCUGCAGACCAAUCAUACUGCUGCAUUGUUCUAGGACCAAUCAGACUGCUGCAUUCUGGAUCCUAUUGUUCUAGGACCAAUCAGACUGCUGCAUUCUGGAUCCUAUUGUUCUAGGACCAAUCAGACUGCUGCAUUUUGGAUCCUAUUCAACUCAGUACAUAUCAAAUGGCAUGCAUUGGAAGGAAGGCAGAAUUUCCUCACACAGCUCCCUUCUCUUUUGGACCUGCCUUCCAGGUGAAGCGCUACAGAGAACAAGGGGAAGCCAUCCUUCUGGAUCAGGCCUUUGCUUACCUGGAAAACCCCAGAACCGCUUUGAGAGAUGGAGCCAUCAGGCUGUUAGGCAAGUUAUGUUUAUUAUGAAAUUAUUGGGCAAUCAUUUACAUUAGUUAUGCACAUGGUGCUUCAGACAAUGUCUCUGGGAAACAACAGCAGCAGAGGGCAGUUCCCUGCCCUUUAAAACUUCCAGAUCUCCUGCUUCUUAAGCACGCAUGGGAGUGUGUGGAGUUACCCAGGGAUUUUUUAGAAACCCCAAAAUACUGUGCUUUUAAAAAAUGGAUAGUGUGAUUUGUGAGAUUGGACCCAUCGCAUCAUAAAGCAGGUGAAGUCACACCAAAGUUGGUCUGCCAUCUUUGAUUCAAAAUGGUGCCUAGAACCUAAACCCCUCACCUCAGGAACGCUCUUGUCAGGUUUGGUAUCCCAAGAGGCGUCAGAAUGCCUAGAAAACAGGCAACGUACAAACCAUUUUCCAAAACAUAUAGCAGAUUCAUCCUGAUAUAUUUGCAGGACGGUUGGCUAUUUAACAAGUGCUUGUUCUGAUUUGUUUGUGAGGUGGUUAGAUGACAUUGGGUCAACGCAGCUGAUCUCCCACACUUUCCAGUUCACUUUUCCUUACUGCAGAAAGUCCAAUAUUUUGGGGAGGAGGGUUUGUUGCACAAAUACUGUAGCUGCACAACCUGAAUUUACCAAGCACCAGAGGGUGAAGGGACAGAAAAUGCAGUCUCACAUUCUUAGCCUUAGGUUUUAGCUGGAGAUGAAUGAUGGAGUCGUAGUGUUGGGAGAAGGCAAGGGGUCAUUUGGUUCAACCACCUGCAAUGCAGGAAUCGCAAGGGCAGGAUGAAGAUGAAAGAACAAGUUUUCCAUAGUCAUGUACAGCUUUCAUUUGCCCUGUCCGUGGCUAUCCUAAAUGAGUCCAUGCUGAGCUGAGCCGUUAAUUUUUCACUUGCCUCUAGAGCGAAUUAGGGGCAGAAUGUGCCAGGGACGGGGGAAAAGCUCUACGCAUGCUGCCAUUUCCGAAAUGGCAUGGCUAAGCCUUGUGACUUCACCUAACUGAACCCGCUACCUUUAGCCUGUGGAGACAUGUGCUCUGCCAUUGGGCUACUGCAAUUCCCUUGGUGGUGCUGGAAUAGGGAGCCAGGAGUCGGCUCCCCUAAACUGCAUUCACCCUGUAAAAAGGUAAAGGUAAAAGGACCCCUGACCAUUACGUCCAGUCGUGACCGACUAUGGGGUUGCGGCGCUCAUCUCGCUUUAUUGGCCGAUUGAGCUGGCGUACAGCUUCUGGGUCGUGUGGCCAGCAUGACUAAGCCACUUCUGGUAAACCAGAGCAGCGCACGGAAAUGCCAUUUACCUUCCCGCCAGAGUGGUACCUAUUUAUCUACUUGCACUUUGACGUGCUUUGAACUGCUAGGUUGGCAGGAGCAGGGACCGAGCAACGGGAGCUCACCCCGUCAUGGGGAUUCGAACCGCUGACCUCCUGAUCAGCAAGCCCUAGGCUCUGUGGUUUAACCCACAGCGCCACCCGUGCCCCUGCGUUCACCCUGUAGCCCCUGGCAAAACCUGUUGCUGGCAUCUCUCCGUGCUUCAACAUUUGUUUGUCAUUCGGGGAGUGGCAGCCCUUUCUGACCAAGCCCACGGCGGGCAUUUCUAUCCCUAGAAAUCAUCGCUCAAGAGUCAAAGCACCAAGGAACAGUAAAUGCCAUUGCAACCGGUGAGUAGGAAUGAUGUUUGGGUGCCCCUGCCCUGCCCAAUUCUGGCUCUGCCACCUCCUUUUCUGACUCUACUUUCUUCUUUUUUGCACUGGAUUUACACUCCACCUUUUUUUCUCCAAGGAGCUCAAGGGGGCGUUUGUGGUGGUCCCCCUCCUCAAUUAAUCAUGACAACGGCCCUGUGAAGUACAGUAGGUUAGGCUGAGAGUGGGUGGCUGGCCCAAGGUCUCUUGAGCAGAAGACUGGGGGGCGAUGGCAUGUACAUCAUGUGCACAGGGUGGUGGGUGGAGCCAGGGGGGGUGAGGCCAAAUGCCGCAACAGUACGGAUUGUUCUCAACAUUGAGGGGACCUGGCUCCCUGUUAUGUGCUGAGUUGGUAUAUUUCACUCCCCCAAAAAAUUGUAUUGGGGGGCCCAAAGGAACCUGGCCCCCUUAGAGUUGGUAUCUAUCCUUUGUAUGCAUGGUCUUCGUUGCAGCAAGUUUCCUUAUCCACCUUUUCACAACUAGGUCCCAGGAUGGGUUACAGCAAUGUAACCAAGUAGUUAUAAAUAAAAGGGAAAGUGUUUCAGUUAUAAAACUGUGCAUAUUUCUUUAGUGUCUUGAUGGAAUUAUUUUAUUGUGCAUCUUGAUUAUGAGUGUAUGUGCAUAUCUAUACAGUGGUACCUCUGGAUGCAAACGGGAUCCGUUCCGGAGCCCCGUUCGCAUCCUGAAGCGAACGCAACCCACGUCUGCACGUCUGCGCAUGCGUGGGUCGCAAUUCACCGCUUCCGCACAUGUGCGUGACAUCAUUUUGAGCGUCUGCGCAUGCGCAAGUGGCGAAACCCGGAAGUAAUGCGUUCUGUUACUUCUGGGUCGCCACGGAUCGCAACCCGAAAAGGCUUAACCUGAAGCGACUUCAACCCGAGGUAUGACUGUAUCUAGAUAGAUAUAUCAUGGUUUAACACUUGUAAACUGUUUAGAAGCCACCUUGGCAACCAAGAUGUGUAUAAAUCAGCAAAUAAUGCUAAUAAUUCUAAAAAUAUAUUUAAAAAAGAAAAACAAAAAAGGAAGCAGUGAAAGCGUCUCUCUGUGGCUGUUCUCUGUGUUUUCCUUUCCCUCCUCGCUUAGUCCUGGAUCUUGUGAAAGUGGAAAAUAAAUCAUCCCACCUCAAAAUGGCGGUAUCCGACAUAACGGAGGCCUUGGGGCAAGAGGAGCAGCCUUCAGGAAACUUCCUGGGAAGAUGCGUCAGCAGACUCAGAAGGAUCUGGAAGAGAUAGAAGCUUUUCCUCUGGAAAGGGGUGGGGGGAAAGGUAAAUUUGGAUUAACUGUUGCUGGCAGCCAUCUUUUUUAAAACAAAAACCAAAAAAUAAUAAUUUUUUAUUGGUUUUUAGACAAAUGCAAUAACAAUAACCAUUAAACAUCCAGCAAGUGUUUGUUCUAGCCAUUUACUUUAGACACAAGCUCACACAUUCAGUGUUCAAACCUAUUACGGUACUUAACCUCCCCACAGAGAAGGCUGAGCAGCUGUUAUAGUAAGGUCUUGUUAUUCCUUUAUUUCCUUGAUUCUGUUCCCGCCCUUCUUCCCAAAGGAGCCCAGGAGGGCAAACAGAACAAUUUAACAAACGAAUAUUUUAAAAACAGCCUGGCAGACAGCAAGUGAUGAAUUCCUGAAUGAGCUACGCAGGAGCGCCUAGUCUGGCAUCCGCUCAUGAUGGUUUUUGCAGCCUCUCCUUCCGCAGACCUUGGGGGGAAAGGAGCUUUGUAGACUCCAGUGUAGUGGUUCUCCCCUUCAACCAUGCCUUCAGUGUGGGUUAGGCUGGUUUUGCAGACAGUCCCUCUCGAGGGCUGAACCCCAUCAGGACCCGUCACCGUACAGUUUUGACCUCCACCAUUCAACCCAAGCACCCCCUCCCUGCAAUCCCUUCCCAGCAAUCGACUCAAAUCGCAGGGGAGCUCAAGGUCUGGAGGGGAAGGGACCAAACCUCCCAUGGAGUGGUCCACAGACAAUGCCCUUUUCUCCUGUAAACUCAGGUACCUGUGUCUUCUACUCCUGUUCGCCUGCCCCACCAGACCUUGUUCAGCCAUGACUUGUCUCCAUCUCAGCCUUGACUCACCCAAGCUAUCUUCCAUCCCAGGCCUGCUCCGCCAGAAACCAGCUCCAUCUCAAUCCAGUAGCCACCACCACAGGUUUGUUGCUGUUGGUUUGCCAGGACCGACUCCCUGUUUCCACUCCCUGGGCUUUGACCAGGCCAGUUGUUCCUCGUUGCCUGCCUUGGCGCUUGGGUUUGAAUCAUGCAUCUGAUCCUGCCUACGGUGUCCGGAUCCACUCCCACCCCAAAUUGCUACUGGGUGUUUUAAUCUCCUCUGCCUUCCUCGGGUUCCUCUCCCCAACAACACCUCAUAAAACUCCCUGACUUUGCUCUACUUACAGAACAGGUGUCUCUUCAGCUAUCCCAGGUGAGAAAUCGGCCAUUGUUCUCUCUAAGAACUUUGCUCAGUUCCCCUAAUAAUCCAUUUGUGCUUUUGGUCCUCGGCGUCUCAGUUCCAAUGAAAUUUCUGGGAUAUGCUUAUUGUGAAGACAAAGCUUUUCAUCCUCAAAUCCCUCCAUUAUUUUAUGUAUUUAUGUGUGUACUGUAGUAUUGAUGUCCUGCCUUUCAGUACCAAGGCAUGUUCAAGGUGGCCUACAAAAUAAAUGAUGUGAAAUUAAGC